UCCACUUUUCUCCGGGUAUGAUAAGUAACGACAGCUAGCGACAACAGUUCCUCUAACCUUCUGACUAGCUUCUUCGCCUCUCACUGAACAACUUUUAGUCCAGCAGAUUUUCUCCUAGAAAAAAUGCCAAUUCAACUCACAAGUCAAGCGUAUUGUAAAAUGCUCCUACAUGCUGCUAAAUAUCCCAACUGUGCCGUGAAUGGGUUGCUGGUGGCAGAAAAAACCAAGGACAGGAAGAAAGACAGCGAGCCGGUCCUGUGCGUGGAUUGCUUGCCUCUGUUUCACGGCACCCUGGCUCUGGCUCCAAUGCUGGAAGUAGCCUUGACUCUGAUUGACACUUGGUGCAAAGAAAAUAAUUAUAUAAUUGCUGGAUAUUAUCAAGCCAAUGAACGCACAAAGGAUUCAAGACCCAAUCAAGUUGCAGAAAAAGUGGCGGCAAGAAUUUCUGAGAACUUCAGUGAUACAGCCAUUGUUAUGGUGGACAACAGCCGGUUAACCAUGAGCUGUUUUGAACCAAUUGUGAUAAUUUACGAUCAUCAUGAAAACAAAUGGAAAAGCAGAGAUGUCACUAUGGACUCCUUUGAGGAUUGGAGCGAAGCUCAGAAGAUCACAUCUGCUCUGCUUGAGGGCAGGUCCUACGAAAACCUGAUUGACUUUGACAAUCACUUGGACGAUCUGAGGAACGACUGGACUAACCCUUUGAUUAACAAAUCUGUGCUGGACUUGUGCUAGACCUCGAGUCUGUCUCCCAGAAGCACAGAGUAAAACUGCUUCCUGUUGAGCAGUUUCCUUUUAAAGUCUCAGGCACUGAAGGAAGCACUGAUGAGUCAGUCCAGAGCCUCUGCAGGCGCCUCAUGAGCACCGUCUGCCUGCAGUUACCUUUACAGGGUGAUUUAGACAUCAUAAUUGAGGUCACAUUUUCAAUGAUUUAUUUUCCCUCUAAUAUUUUUUUUGUACUUAGAUUAAAACAUUUAAACUAUUUGAGUGUCUUAAAUACCUAAGGAAUAGCCAUACGUUGAUCAGUUUCUAAAUUAUUUGAAAGAUAUAUUAGGUAGUUAUUGUGUGAAUUUUCUUCAAAACUAUUUUAGGCUCCUUAAAAAAUCAUGUAAGAAUGCAGCUAAAUUGCAUGAACUAAUGAGGUUUGAAUAGAAUUUCAGUCAUUAAAAUGUUUCAACAGGAAUCUGUAGAUUUUCUAUUGAAGAAGUAAUGUGUAGUAAAAUGAAAUGAUCUGUACUUUUUUACAGAACUGAUAAUAAAAGUAGGCUUUGGAUUUUCUAAAACAUCUUUUGUAUUUACAGAUGGAGUAAAGCAGAGACGAAAACAAUUGUCUGUAAAAUCUGUUUUACAUUAAUGAACUGAAUGUAAAAUGAAAGUUACUUGAAAGAAA